CGCUGUUGUCGCUAGGUGAAGUACUACUCGCGCCGCCAGAUAGAAAGAAGCAGGUGUCCAACAUGGCGAUCACAGGCAACGGAUCUCUCGCUACUCUUCUCUUUUUGUUCAUGAUUCCAGCAGCUCUUCAUAAAGGAGCUGCUCAGUACCCAGUCCAGAGUCAGAACCUGGUGACGGACAAUGUGGCAGUGGUGGAGGGAGACGUGGCCGUCAUCAGCUGCCGGGUGAAGAACAACGACGACUCGGUCAUCCAGCUCCUCAACCCCAACAGACAGACAAUCUAUUUCAGAGACGUCCGACCCCUGAAAGAUGCCCGCUUCCAGCUGGUGAACUUCUCGGACAAUGAGCUGCGGGUGUCUCUGUCCAACGUGACCCUGUCUGACGAGGGGAGAUACGUGUGCCAGUUGUACACAGACCCUCCACAGGAGGCCUACGCUGACAUCACCGUGCUGAUCCCUCCAGGCAACCCAAUCAUCGAGUCCCGGGAGGGGCAGGUAAUCGAGGGCAAUGAGACAGAGAUGACCUGCACCGCCAUGGGCAGCAAGCCCGCUGCCACCAUCAGAUGGAUGAAGGGAGACAAAGAGCUCCAAGGUAAGUCGAAGGUAGAGGAGAUGUACGACACCAUGUUCACGGUGACCAGCCAGCUGACGUUCACCGUCACCAAAGAGGAUGACGGUGUGCCCGUGGUGUGCAUUGUUGAUCACCCAGCCGUCAAAGACGUCCAGGCCCAGACGUACCUUGUGGUUCAUUAUAAACCAGAGGUGAAGAUCGUGGUGGAGUUUCCUGAUGGGCUGCCAAGGGAAGGACAGAACAUGGAGCUGUCGUGCCAGGCCAAAGGCAAACCCCAUCCCCAGCAGAUCAACUGGGUGAAGGUGGACGACGACCUUCCCUCACACGCCCUCAUCACCGGCCCGGACCUGUACAUCGAGAACCUCAACAAGACCUACAACGGCACCUACCGCUGCUUCGCUGCCAACUCAGUGGGCGAGUCGUAUGACGACUACAUCCUCUAUGUCUAUGAUGCCCCCACCACUACCCCUAUACCCACUACAGCUACUACCACCACUCCCACCACCACAACCAUCUCCCUCCCUGAAGCCACUGCAGACACUACGCCCAGCACUGAACCCACAGCACACGAUUCCAGAGCUGGAGAGGGAGCACCGAGAGCGGUCGACCAUGCAGUCAUUGGAGGAGUGGUGGCUGUGGUUGUCUUUGCCAUGCUCUGUCUACUCAUCAUUUUGGGACGGUACUUUGCAAGACACAAAGGUACCUACUUCACGCAUGAAGCUAAAGGAGCCGACGAUGCAGCAGAUGCAGACACAGCCAUUAUCAACGCAGAGGGGGGCCACAACAACUCGGACGAGAAGAAGGAGUACUACAUAUAGAAAUCACAGGGCCCCAAUACUGUCUUCUGUGGAACACCACGCUGUCUUUGGGUUGGGGGGAAGGGGGAUUGCUUGGGGUUUGAGAAUUGGUUGGAUUAGGUUGGGUAGGUUGAUUUUAGGGGUGAUUGCCCGGGAUUGAACAAUGUAUUGUCCAGUCUCUGCAGCUGAGGAGGAAAGGUUUUGUGUGUAUAAGGUGAAAAUAUGGGGAGGGGAGGUUUUUGGUAAGGGUGGGGGGUUCAGGGGUUGCCAGAAAUCACUGUAGAAGAGAGCGUCACCAUGCGACACCUCCCAAAACUGCUGGUACGAAUUUUGUUUAGUUCAACCAUUUGCAGAAAAUUCUGUGCCUUGUUCUGAAUUUAUUUUCUAUUCAUUCUUUAUUUCCCCCCCAUCAACAUGCCCUGUUGCUCCCCACCCUCCCUCUUCCACUCUCUUCAUUAUCAUUGUGCUGUUGGCUUUCCUAUGAGGGUAAAAUUACACAGCGGCUCUGUUCAUCUCUCCCACUGUGUUCGCACACACGUCCUCUCCUGCAUACCAAAAGCUCAUAAGAACCCUAUUUCCACUAUACUGUGAGCAGGCCAGGUCUCAACCACCACUUUUCUUUUUUUCCAAACCUUUUGAAAGCACCAAAACACAUCCAACGCUUUACGUAUCAUAUUCGAAAAAUGAAUAUAAGGAAAAUAUUAUUACCCAUAAAUAACAUUGUGCCCCCUCCCCCCUCUUCAAAACACAAACACACAGAAAUAUAAUCUAAAGGAAGACAGUAGAGGACAAUUGGUCUCGAAAACUGUCCUUGUUUUCUUUGUAUCGGGGCCAAUUCCUCAUCACCGUGGAUCACUUGUAUUCCUUCCUCUGUCUCUUCAAUUUGUUUUUCAAAUUAGAUAUGCCAGCGCAUUUAAAAGAUUGCCACAAUUUGGAAUAAGGAAAGUAGAAGGCACAUUAUUUCACCCUCGCUAUGCUGAACUUAGAGGCAUUUUCAAUUCAUUAUUUUCACCUUUUAUUCUCUGUACAAUGAUGUUUUUGUUCUGUUCCACUGAAUGGAACCGCAAUCCCCCGGCAGGCAUUUAUUUCUUUUUUUGUGAUGACAUUUUUGGGUUUUACAUCCUCUCUCAUUCAGAUUUUUGAAUCUGACAAAAAUAAUUUGUUUUUAAUGAUUUCUUUGGUGUUGUACUCACCCUUUGUCUCUAAAUCAAGAUGACUCAGUUUAGCCAAGCUGUAAUAUAGUAAGGGGGGAAAACAAACUAUGUAACACAGAUAGGAUUCAUUUCAAUGUGAAAUGACCGGAAGACAUCUCCAAACUAUAAUGUUGAUUAUCAAAGAUGAAUAUUCUCAUUAUAAGAGAGAUAUCAAUCUAGGUUGUGAGGUACUUACUGCAUUAAUAAAGUGAUACUACCUUCAUCUUGGUAUAUACUGAACAGGUAAAUCACACAUUUAGUUGUAUUUUUCCAGCUUUGUGUGUAAAAUUAGAACUAGAGCUGUAAAAGGGGUAUAGGAUUUUGAAGGAGAUGGUGAAAAAUAGGGUAUACAUAGCUUCUGAGCAAAGAACAUACAAUCAUUGUAUCUAAGACAUUUUUACAAGGGAUAUGAUUUCAAGACAAGUUCAGUAGUUCCAACAAUAUACAAACUAUGUCCAGCCAAUAAAUUUACACCAAUGUAUUAUACAUAAACACGUGCCAGGAAAUAUUUUUUACAUCCUAGUGGAAUUUCAUGACAGAAUCAUUUUGUGGUUUUUAUGAUUAUCACAAGCUGUUUGUUGUGAGUUUUGUCACUUCAUACUGUACAACACUCCUGAAUGGGUGAUGACAGUUGAGGAGCGUGUGGGUCACUAGGAAUUACCACUGGAGACGGCCUUAUGCCACUACCAUCACACCUCAGCCUCUGGACUGUACAUGGUCUUGUCGUGAUGCAACAAUUUUCAUUUGCCAAAACAGUCAGUCAACACCACAUUGCAUGUAUGUGAGUGUGCACCAUUUCUCUUUUCUUUCUUUGUGAAUGACCUGCCUAAGCUUUAAGAUGGACCAUGUAGAAAGGGCCAGUGGGGGAGAAUUGGGGAAUGCCAAAAGUCAUUUUUUGUUAUCUAUUACUUUUCAUUUAAUUUCUACAUCACCACAGUCAGCAUUGCUGUUCAAUGUAGUUACUGUCCUGCUGAGGUGGUUGAUAUGACAAUGAGGUUGAAGAGGUGAAGUUGCUUUCAUGUUUGAUUUGACAUAUAUUCCAAAUAUGAUAUCUUGGAAAAGGAGCUAUCACUGAUUUAACACUGUACCACGACGACAAUGCUGUUUGUUUAUCAGGACAGCGGUGGCUUCCUGACUCGUUUAAAUGCUUCAUUUUAGACUGUGACAUCAUAUGAAACAUUUUGGAUUCCCUCUGUUGUUUAAACGGAACAAACAACAGAGAGAAUGUUACCGUCGUUUAGAUUGAGGUUGUGUGACUUGUAUUUAACAUUGAGCAUUAUUUCGCUUCGGUAAAAAGUGUGGUGGCUUCCAUUCAAACCUGGACCUAAAAAACGUAUGUUCUUACCAAGUGAACACAUCUAUUCACUCUCUCUGUAGGUGGAGAUUUUAUUAAAUGUACUCACCGCUGUGUGGACUGGGUCGAUAUAUAUGUUUGUUUAUGCUUUUUAACCUUUUACUUCUGUGUGUUGUGGUUUGGAAUGGGGACCACUUUCAGAACCAAUAGGAAACAGGAGCAUAUUGUGGAAAGUAUGCAUCUCGAGCAGAGUUGACAAUAAAUAAAUGUUAAUUUGUAUGAGCACCUACUUAACACCGGUGAUAUGAAGACUGAAAUAUAAUUCGAUGAUGGACAACUAUUUGGGUGGAUGUGAAAAGUCCAGAAAGGUGUAAAAUGUUUUUUUUUUGUCAUUUCUUUUUCCUAGGUGUUAUCUGUUUUAUUUUUCUCAUGAAAUGCCCCUUUGUGACUCAAGGUACUGUUAACUUGGUAGUCUGACCGUGUUAUUUUAUCAAAUUACUUUUUACAUUCUUUUGUUAAUUCCUGUCUCAGGCGGUGGUGGGAAAAGUACCCAAUUGUCAUACUUUAGUAAAAAUCUAAGAUACCUUAUUAGAAAAUGACUCAAGUAAAAGUGAAAGUCAUCCAGUAAAAUACAACUUGAGUAAAAGUCUAAAAGUAUUUGGUUUUAACUAUACUUAAGUAUCAAAAGUAAAAGUAUGAAUAAUUUCAAAUUCCUUAAAUUAAGUAAACCAGGCGGAACCAUUUUCUUGUUUUUUUUGUUUGCUGAUAGCCAGGGGCAUACUCCAACACAUAAUUUACAAACGAAGCAUUUGUGUUUAGUAAGUCCGUCAGAUCAGAGGCAGUAGAGAUGCCAGGGAUGUUCUCUUGAUAAGUGUGUGAAUUGGACCAUCUUCCUGUCCUGCUAAGCAUUCAAAAUGUAACUAGUACUUUUGGGUGUCAGAGAAAAUGUAUGGAGUAAAAAGUACAUUAUUUUCUUUAGGAAUAUAGGGAAGUAAAAUAUAAAUAACAAAGUAAAUGAUAGUUACCCAAAAAACGACUUGGUAGUACUUUAAAUAAUUUUUAAUAAAGUACUUUACACCACUGGUCUCAGGUUCAUGUGCAUUGAAUGGUGUGAUUGCAUCUCAGGUAGAAUGCAAAGUCUAGGCCCCACCACAAAUUAAUGAAAAAAACGCUAAUGAUUUUAGAUCAAGAGACAACUGGUGUUUUUUUUUUUUUUUUGCAUUUAAGCUGUACAUGUUUUAUGUAUUUUCUUAAAUAUCCAGUGCUGUAUAAUAUGUGUUUAAGUAUGACUUUGUAUAGACAUAGUUCAUAAUGUAUCAGUUUGUUAAAAUGACACAGGAACAGAACACAGCUGUGGCUGUGCAACUAUCAAUUUAAACACGUCUCAUGUUUGGUUUUCCUCCCAGGACAUUUGGUUGUUUAUCAAUUCAUUGUCUUCAUUGAUUAUUUUUUGUCUUUCUGCUGUAGGUCUACUUGGGCAAUGUUAAUGUGUAUUAAUGAAGAAAAAAGAUAUUCACAUUCCCAUACACAUUUUGUAUUGGUUCAUUAAUAGACAUUUUUACAACAAAAAAAACAAGUUCUUGUCUUAAUAAAAAAGAAAAUAUAUUAAUGUUCAAAGUAA